GCGCGUGGCUCCGGCUGCGCAGGAACAGCUGGUGCCUCGGAGGGCGGCCGGCGAGCGGGCGGGAGUGGGGUGCGGGUGGCCGGCCGGGCCGCGCUGCACGAGCAGCCGCCGCCGCCGCCGCCUUGCACCAUUGCACCAUGUCCGGGCCGCUGGAGUGCUGCGAGCGCGAGUGGCACGAGCUGGAGGGAGAAUUUCAGGAAUUGCAGGAGACGCACAGGAUCUACAGGCAGAAGCUGGAGGAGCUGAGCGCGCUGCAGACACUGUGCAGCGGUUCCAUCGGCAAGCAGAAGAAGCGCCUCAAGGACCUCAAGCGCACACUCCAGAGGUACAAGCGCCAUGCCAGCCGGGAGGAGGCGGAGCUUGUUCAGCAGAUGGCCACGAACAUCAAGGAGCGGCAGAAUGUCUUCUUCGACAUGGAGGCCUACCUGCCCAAGAAGAACGGGCUCUACUUGAAUCUGGUGCUCGGCAACGUGAACGUGACCCUCCUCAGCAAACAGGCCAAGUUCGCCUACAAGGACGAGUAUGAGAAGUUCAAGCUCUACCUGACCAUCAUCCUGCUCCUGGGCGCGGUGGCAUGUCGAUUUGUCCUUCACUACAGGGUGACCGACGAGGUCUUUAACUUCCUGCUGGUGUGGUAUUACUGCACCCUGACGAUUCGCGAGAGCAUUCUCAUCAGCAACGGCUCCAGAAUUAAAGGCUGGUGGGUGUCUCACCACUACGUCUCCACGUUCCUGUCCGGAGUGAUGCUGACCUGGCCUAAUGGACUCAUUUAUCAGAAGUUCCGAAAUCAGUUUUUAGCGUUUUCAAUUUUUCAGAGCUGCGUCCAGUUCCUGCAAUAUUAUUACCAGCGGGGCUGUCUCUACCGGCUGCGGGCCCUGGGGGAGAGGAAUCACCUGGACCUCACCGUAGAAGGCUUCCAGUCCUGGAUGUGGCGGGGCCUCACCUUCCUCCUGCCCUUCCUCUUCUGUGGCCACUUCUGGCAGCUCUACAAUGCUGUCACAUUAUUCGAGCUCUCCAGCCACGAGGAAUGCAAAGAAUGGCAGGUGUUUGUGCUGGCUCUCACGUUUCUCGUCCUCUUCCUCGGCAACUUCUUGACCACACUCAAAGUCGUGCAUGCCAAACUCCAGAAGAACAGAAACAAGACAAAGAAGCCAUGAGCUGCGGACUCUUGUGCCCCCGGGCCCCCAGACUUUGAGCCAUCGGUCUGGUGGCACCUGGGCCGCCGAGUGCCCCCAGCAGCGCCGGCCGCAGCCAUCUCAGGGGCCAGUGAUGUUGCUGUAGGGCCCAGGCCUGGCUCCUGCUGGACAUGAGAACUGUGAACCCCGCCUGUGCGCACAGUUUAGCCCACCUAUUUAUGACAUAUUUAACACUGGGUCCUCCCAAUGUCCCAGCUGGGACUGGGCCAGUCUUCCUGGGGGAGAGGCCUGAAGCCUCAGGGAGCCCCUCUGUCCCCACUCCCGUCAUUUGAACCCCUCACAUUGGGGUCUGGAUGUGCCUCGCCGGGGUUGGAUUUCUGCUGACUUGCUACUUACCUGGUCCCGGUCGCGGGGUGGAAUGAAGCCCUUCGGCACCCGCAGAGCCUUCCCUCCCCUGGGGCCUCGGCCUUUGCUGUAAGCUCAGCUCCUGCGCCGGGGGCUAUUCAAGUUCUGGGAGAACCACUGACCUUUGCCUCGUGCUCUUUGUGCCUCCUGGCUUGCCCGCUUGUGGCCACUGGGGCCACUCGGGGCGGUCCUGAGGGUCACCACCAGAGGGCGCUCCAGCUCCUGUGUGCUCUGAGCGACCCCGGAAGCUCCGUUCCUCUCUGGGGUUGCCUGAACCCUGUGGCGCACCGGCCCGCUCCUGCAGCGAGUACUCUGGGAGUGGCACCAAGACCCUCAGCGCUGGCUGGCACUUAAGCCAUCAUGGACGUCGCCCAACUCUCCGGUCUCCCCCUCCCAGCUCAGGUUCUGGAAUGUGGGGGUGGGGAGGGGUCUGAGCAGGCUCGCCCCAGAGGCCGCCCAGGGAGGCCAGGCCAAGGCUGCUGGUCCCCGCCUCCUGUGAGGUUCUGUACGAGCAGGGCAUGCGGAGAGGCCGCCGGUGCGCUUGAAGGUUCUGUCCCUUCUCCCCUCCGUGGGCCUCAGCUGCCCUUAACUACAUCCCUGCAGAUCCACCUGGACCAGGCUUCACAGCUGGCAUCCACAGACAUGCCUUGUUUGGCCCUCAAAGGGAUUUUAAAUUUUUAAAAUUAGUUACAUUGUAACCAAAAUAAAAAUCCAGAUUUCUGCUUCCCCUAGAAAAAUGGGAGGACGUGGAAUGUUCCCACAGGACGCAACUGGUCCCCGCCCUGCCGCAGGCCCCGCCACUCCCUUUCACCCCUGCCUGCUCUCCACGCAGGUCUCCUCUCUGGCCCUUCUCAGGCGCCUGGGUUUGCCCUGGAUGAGACGUCAGCAAACCGUGUAAAGGGCCAGAGGGUCUCUGUGGCAACUGGGCAAGUCUGCAGUGGCAGGGCAAAAGCCGAUGCAUAAGUGAACGGA